UGGCCUGCCAAGGCUAUUUGUGCACUUCUACUUCAGUCCCAGCCUCUUACUUUUACAAAUCCAGUAGUACACAGUACAGUGACAAAAGCACAGAAACCAAAGUCAAAUGGCUUCAGAAGAUCACCAUAUGCAUGAACAUGACCAUCACAGCCACGCCCAUCAUCACCACACCCAUGACAAAUCUGAGGGCAACUCAAGCACAUCAUGGGUAGGCAAAGAUGGGAAGGUUUAUCAUAGCCAUGAUGGUCUUGCACCACAUUCACAUGAGCCCAUUUACUCACCUGGCUAUUUUACAAGAAGGGCACCUUUACUUGUUAAUAGAGAUUUCAAUGAAAGAGCCUUUACUAUUGGUAUUGGUGGGCCUGUUGGAACUGGGAAAACAGCUUUAAUGCUGGCACUGUGCAAGACUUUAAGGGAUACGUAUAGUCUUGCCGCGGUGACAAAUGAUAUAUUUACAAAAGAGGAUGGUGAGUUCUUGGUGAAGAACGGAGCACUUCCCGAGGAAAGGAUACGCGCUGUUGAGACAGGAGGAUGUCCUCAUGCUGCUAUUCGGGAAGACAUCAGCAUUAAUCUUGGUCCACUUGAGGAGCUCUCUAAUUUGUACAAAGCUGAUAUGCUUCUGUGUGAAUCUGGGGGAGACAAUUUGGCUGCCAACUUUAGCAGGGAACUGGCUGAUUAUAUAAUCUAUAUAAUAGAUGUAUCCGGCGGUGACAAAAUUCCACGAAAGGGAGGCCCUGGGAUUACACAGGCUGACCUCCUUGUAAUCAACAAGACGGACCUUGCAGCAGCUGUUGGAGCUGAUUUAGGAGUUAUGGAGCGUGAUGCACUACGUAUGCGGGAUGGUGGACCAUUUGUGUUUGCUCAGGUCAAGCAUGGACUUGGUGUAGAAGAAAUAGUGAACCACAUUAUACAGUCUUGGGAAGCUGCAACCGGGAAGAAGCGUCACUAGAUCCCUUUACGCGAGUGAAGAUUUACUUGUAGAAUGUACACUAAAAUGCUUCAGAAGUCGAAACACUGAUACCAUUCAAGUCUCAGUACUGGCUUUGUCCACCACCAGCUACAUUGUCCAAAGACAUUCAACAAAAAGUUGUAGCCAACAAAACAACCAUGAAACUUUUUGUAGGAGUGAUAUCUCCAAUGUUCUUCAUUCUCCUCCAGAAUUUCUGUUGGAGACUUUACGACGUGAUUCUUCUAUUUAAUGAAUUUGGUUCUUGUCUAAAA